AUGGCCCACAAGAAGGUCCGAAUCACCCAUAACGGCACCAUGAAGUCCAAGCUCAGGGGCAAGAAGAAGGCCCAAGCCAAGGCUAAGGCUAGCACGACUCCCAUCCCGCCAGACGCACAGAGCGCGUCCACUGCGACCGAGUCAGCCCAGGAAACUGAGCUUAAAACUCCGAGGACUGCCCUCAAUGAGUGCCUGAUCACCCAACGAAUAGCAGAAGCAGAGGGCGCAACAAGAAUGAAAGAGGGUGCAGCAACGGUAGAAGAAGAGGGCGCAGCGACAGCAGAAGUAUAG